GCUGGACAGGCGGGUGCGGGACAGAGAGAACCCGGGAUGAGCCUCAGCCCUGGGGAAGGACGCAGGGCUGGGGCAGAGACCAGGCUGGGCUCGGCCCGGGGCGAUCCCCGCCGGAGCGGAGCUGAGAGGGGGAAGCCGAGCCCCUGGCAGCAGGGCGCGGACCGGUUCUAAACGCCGCCCGCGGGCGCAGGGUGUUUUGGCGAGGCGCUGGGGGCGCGGCUCCGGGGAAGGCGCAUGGGGAGCUUGGCCGGCCCCAGGAUAGGGGACGGGUAGCCGCUGCAGGUCGCGAGCGGAACGGGACCCUGCCCACGGGGGCGCCCUGGGGGAGCCCGGCUGCAACCUCGGGACCAGGAGGCCAGGCUGCAGCUGCAGAGAUGUCGGUGUCCCGGAUCCCGAUGCCCACGCCGAGGCUCCAGACAGCAGGGAUUCCAGCUCCCCGGCCCAGACUUGGCAGAUAAAGCUACCGAGAAGCCCCCAUCGUGGAUCAGGGCUCUCCGCCCUGCAGACCAGGCCCGGUGCGGGAGGCGCAUGGAGGCGGGAGAAGCGCCUCUGCCCGGCAAACACCCCAUGGAGCAGCAGCACCGCCCGGAGCUCCGGCAAGAGACGACGACACCUCCCGUCUUGGCACAGGCGGUACUGAUGCUCUCGCUGCUAGUGCUGCCCACCAGUGCCCGUCCUGUGCCCACCCCGGCGGAUGAGAGCGGGGAGGUUGUGGCCUGGCUGACGCAAUACGGCUACCUCCCCCCCGCCGAUCCCGUCACUGGCCAGCUCCAGACCUGGGAAGCGGUGACCAGAGCCAUCCGUGUGAUGCAGCGCUUCGCGGGCAUCCCUGAGACUGGGAUCCCAGACGAUGCCACGCUGGCGCUGAUCCGGACACCACGCUGCUCGCUGCCUGAUGUACUCCCGGAAAAGCUGCCCAAGAGGAGGAAUGGGAGGCUGUGGCGGAAGAGGAGGAAAAGUCGGGGCAGGCGGAGCGUAGGCCUGGCUUGGACCAAGAGGAACAUCUCCUGGAAGGUGAAGACGUACCCGCGGGAGGCGCGGCUCAGCCGGGAAACCAUCCGUGCCCUCACGCACUACGCGCUGAAGGUGUGGAGCGAGGCCGCCCCGCUCACCUUCCACGAGGUGGGUGGGCCCAGUGCCGACGUCUCGGUGGAGUUCCUGCGCCUGGACCACCAGGACGGCUACCCCUUCGAUGGGCCAGGGGGCAUGGUGGCCCACGCCUUCUUCCCCGGGGACCCCCAGCGCGCUGGCCAUGUGCACUUCGACAGCGACGAGGACUGGACCUUCCGCUCGCCAGAUGACUAUGGGACGGAUCUUUUUGCUGUGGCCGUGCACGAGUUUGGUCACAGCCUGGGCCUGGCGCACUCGCCCUCCAAGCGCUCCAUCAUGCGCCCGUAUUACCAGGGCCCGGUGGGCGACCCACUGCAGUACCAGCUGCAGGCCGAUGACCGCGUGGACGUCCAGAGGCUCUACGGGAGCCGUGUUCUGCAUUCCACAGAGAAGCCGGAGGCAUCAUCGCUGCUCCCAGACCCCCCGUCGCUGCCCCAUGACUUCCCUGCCUUGAGGUCGGAGAAGGAGUUCCCGGAUCGCUGCUCCUCCAGCAUUGACGCCGUCACCCAGAUCCGUGGGGAAACCUUCUUUUUCAAAGGUCAGUACUUCUGGCGUCUGACCCACGGCCGGCACCUCACCUCCCUGCGCCCCGCCCUGAGCGCGGCUUUCUGGCGCGGUCUGCCCCGCAGCCUGGGCAAAGUGGACGCCGUUUAUGAGAGGCACACGGACCAUCGGAUCCUUUUCUUCAGUGGGCCCCUCUACUGGGUGUUUAAGGACAACGGCGUGGAGGAGGGGUACCCACGCCCCGUCACGGACUUCGGCCUGCCCCAGGGGGGAGUGGAUGCCGCCUUCUCGCGGCCUCACGACCGGAAAACCUACUUCUUCAAGGGCGGGCUGCAGUGGUCCUACGACGAGGCCACGGGGCGCAUGGACGAGGGGUCCCCCACCCACACCGUGCUCGGGGGGCAGCUCCCCACCCCCGUGGACGAUAUGCUGAGCGGGAGUGACGGAGAGGUCUACGCCUUCAAGGGCCGGCAGUACUGGAAGCUGGAGCGACACAGCCUCAAGCUGGAGAUGGGUUACCCUCGCUCCAUUGCCAGGGACUGGCUGGAUUGCACCGGGGAGCUCUACCCGCCACCGAGCGCCCCCACCAGCCCCCCCACGGAAGCCAAGCUGCAGCCGGACUGGCGGGGCCCCCCGUUGGAGGUGGAGCGCUGCGUGUGCCUCAGCUCGGCCCCCCGCGCCACGCUCGGUUGGACGCUGGCAGCGCUGCUGCUGCUGCGGGGGCUUGGCUAGGCUGCCAGCUGUGGCCCCCCAUGCCCUGCAGACUAGCCCUGGGGGCAGGGUGCUGAUGGCUGGGUUCGGGUGCAGGGAAUCUGCAGGGGUUUGAGGCCUGGGCAGCGCAAAUACCCGCAAGUCAGGGCGUUCCCUGGGGCGGCCUGUGGUGCUCUGUCUGCAGGCAGCGGCAUGGGACGGGUCCCUGGGUGAGCGGCCGGGCGGCCUUGGCCAGCCUGUCUUGUUCUUGCUAACCGCCCACCGGGGCAGAGCUGGGGCAGGAGCACAGACCCCCUCCGUUCGCUUGGGGAAAGGGACAAGCACUAACGGCCUUCAGCCUCUCAUAGCUGGGUGGGAGGGUGCUCAGAUGGUCCAGCUGGGCCAGCGCCAGCCAGGGUCUGGCCUCAGCACCUCGGCCACGGCCUGUGUCCUGUAAGUGUCAGCCGCACCCUGUGCAGGGGGCCGAGUGACGGGCCCUCCGUGAUCCACUCACUAUGAUGUCAGCUCCUGCCGCAGGGCACCAGCUCUCCGUCGCCCUGACUUCCCUCUUCUUUACCCCAGCUCUCUGUCCCCUCAACUUCUGUCUCCCCAUCUCCCUCCCCGCCCCGUGACCAUUGCCCCAGCUCCCCCCCACCAGCCCGCCUUGCCUCAGGUCCCCUCAGUGCUGACCCAGGGGCAGGAAUGGAGAGGAGGGGUGGAUGCUCCACUCCAGCUUAGCUUGCAGACCAGGAAGCUAAAUAAUACACCAGGUGCCCUGGGCCAGCCCCACACCCUGCCAGCUCCAAGCUGGCCUCUGUGCUCUGGUGGUGGCGCUCAGCGCCCAGGGGCCGUGUACCCCCGGCGGUGAGAGAAAGUCCCUGCCCCAUGAGCACUGCUAGCCCCCUCCUCCCUCCCCCCUCCGCUUCCUCCGGGGCCUUCUCAGAGUCCCAUGAAGCCGCUGGCUCCACUGCAGCGCUGGGCAAACAGCCCCACUGUGCCCAAAAUGACCCAGGAGCCCCGAGCAACUGCUGCCGCCUGCCCCUGGGAUGGGACCUGGCCCUUUGCCCUCCUGCCCAGAGGGGACUUCCUCCCCCUGGCCCUCCCAUGGGGUGGCAGGUCGAAGGGGCCCCGAGGACUGUAUCUGCUCAGUGCUUCUCUUGCCCAGCCUGAGCCCUGCUGGGCCACUGCAUUCACACACCCGUCCACGUCCCCAGGGCUGCCCUCUGGCCUGGGGGCAGAGGUGAAGCCAGCCACAGCCCCGUGAGGCCCAGAGUGGGAGCAGCCUCGAGCCAGCACUUCUGUUAGAACCAGGCCAACCAAUGGCUUGUGGUGCCCGUGCCCUAGGCUGAGUCCCUGGCCCCAUAGCAAGGCUCCCCCCUUUGAAGCAUCUGGCGCUGGCCCUGUUCAGAGAUGCCCCCCAGGCUGCAAGGGGCAGCUCUAGAGCAGAGAGCCCUGUGGCCUCUGGUCGCUGGCUCCAGCCCCAGGCAGCCUCCCACAGUAACAGACUGUAGCUGGACUCUGCUAAACCCUGCCCCACCUCCCACAUGAGCUCCCAGAGCUUGGCCCCUCUCUCCAUCCCCUGCCUUAGCCUGGAUCUGCUGAGCGGCCGUGGCCUCCCACAGUCCCCCCCUCGCAGGAUCUCUCCGGCAUGUGGCGGCCAAAUAUUGCUCAGCCUCUGCCUAGCCGGGAGAUGCUAUGUUAGCUCCUGGGCUCCUUCAGCGUCAGUGCCUGGGAGCUGCCCCCGGCCAUCUGAUCCUUCACUUGGGGACCCUCAUUCCCCACGUCCCUCCCCAGGGGAAGCUGUCACGUCUCAGGCCUGGACUGGCGCACACACUCCCGGAGGCCAGGAGCUGCCAUCGCUGCUUGGCGCCGGAGCUGACGGGGAAAAUGGCACCGUUCCUGGUUCCAGCCCUGCCCUUCCAAAUCUCUCUCCAGCCCCCCCUCGCCCCCCCAGCCUCCACGAGGGCAGAGCAAAGGAUGCGGCCGCCCGGAAUGAGGGAAGGAGGCGAGAGGAGGCAGACGGGUCCCCGCACAGGUCAUUUAAUGAGAUGC